AUGAUAGAAAAUUGUAAAUUACCUGAUUCAAAUUCCGAAGUACUUUAUGCAGCAGCAUGGAUUGUUGAAAAUCCACAAGAAACUAUAAAACAUCUUAUUCAACCUGGUGUUACUAAACUUCCACAUAAUGUUCAGGCUGUCUAUGUUCAUGCAAUAUUGAAGAUUUAUUCAUAUUGGUCCAAUAAUUUAAUUUAUAAUUGGAAUGAGACUACAAAGAGUGAAUUGAUCGAGUUUACUACUUUUUUAAAAGAGAAAACAGGGGUGUUUUGUUCUUGCACUGAUUUAGAAGUUCAAGAAAGGGCAUACAACGUUCGAGAAAUAUUCUCUAUAAUUCAUCAACAAUUGAUGACAACUGAGGAUUACUCAACUGAGCAAACAAAUAUCUAUUCUUUUGAAAAUAAAGCACCAAGUGUCAUAACGGAACUUUCCGAACUUUUUUUUUCGUAUGAACUUAACCCUGUAGCUCCUAAAGCCCAAAAGAAAGUUCCUAUACCCGAGGGACUUGAUUUAGAUACUUGGAUUAAUGAACCAUUGCCAGACACAGACAGUGAUUCAAGUGAAGAGCAAUUGGAGGAAAGUUAUGGGCAUGGUUAUGGUCAAAAGCUUGGUGGAAGUGGUGACUUGAUAUUUUCGAGCGGAAAUGAUACAGCUUUUGGUAGAAGAAGAGUAAGAAAAAAUGGUAAAAAAACUGUUAAUGAAAGUGAAGAAAGUAAGGAACUUCUUGAAAAGCGUCGUAAGGAGCGUAAAGAAAGAAAUAAAAAUGAUCCAUACUAUAUUGAAGUUGAUAAUGUUGGUUCAAUAAAAAAAUCAAAAUCAAAUACAUUAACAUCAUCUCAUAGUAAGAGUGAAAAUAUUGACGUGGAUUUAAUACCUGUAGUACGUUUGACAAUGGAUGAAUUUGAUUUUAAAUCAAUACCUAAAAAGUCCAAAUCCAAGAAAACCAAAAAAGGAAAUAAAAAAGAUCAAAAUCGAUCGACAACAUCACUAUCAACGUCACAAAAAAAACCACAAACAUCAGCAUCACUAACCACAACACCGGUUGUUAUCUACACAGAUAUUGGUGAAAUGCCAGAAAAUGCGACCAUUUCAGAUGAUGAAAAAGAUACUACUAAAGAAAUAUUUGAACAAAAAAUCUGGAACAACAGUAAAAGUAUCAAAGCUGGUGGAAUAUUGGAUGUAGAUUUUUCUGGUAUAGCAAACGUAGAUUUAUCUACUCCGUUGGGCGAAGACGAAAAAUUACCACAAAUAACUGUUUACGCUAGCCCUGAAGAAUCAAGGAUCAAAGAGGUUGAAAGAGUAAAAAAAUUAUUAGUAGAAAGACAAGCUAAAAUUUUAUCAGAAAAAUCGAGUAGUUCAAAGAAAUCAUCAAAAAUUGUGAAAUCUAAGACAAAACCUUCCACAAAAUCAACAAAUUCCAAAUCUCUUGAAAAAGCGGAAAAGGCUUCUAAAAAAACAUCAAAAAAAAAGGCGAAUAAAGAAUCAUCUGAAAAACCAAAGAAGAAGAAGAAGGAAGCCAUUACUACCACCACCACUACUAAAAAGAAAAAGAAAGAAACCCAUUCUGACAACCAAGAAUCUGAAAAGGUUUCCAAAUCUUCCAAAUUACCAAUUAAGACUUUAAUCGAUUCAGAGAAUUUUAAAAUUGUAAGUUUUAAAAUAAAAAUAAAUUGCAUUUGA